CCCGUGCUCGCACCUGCCUUGGGACUCUAGACUCCACCGGAGCUGCCUCGCGCGUCUCGGUGUAUCUGGAUUAACGGAAUGGAUUAGGGAUCUAAAACGCCCCUUUCCCAUGUCGAAGCAGGAGAUGAAGAAGCAGCACCCUCCUCUUUCUCACUAGGAUGUCCAGAGAGAGAUCAGAGAGGGGGAGUAACUGGGGGCUACACUAUGAUGGAGCCCUGAUACAGAGGACAGAGCACCGUUAAAUGGAGGAGCGGGACAGAAGCCGCUCCCCGUCCCGCAGGACCAGUCGGGUGGAGCAGGUGGUGGGGCGAUGGCUACGACGCUCCAGGGACUCCAGCAGCAGAGAGCGUAUCCUGGUAGAUGGGAAGGCGGCUGCGGGGGGAGAGUCUAGCGGUCAGGACCAGAAGAACAACUACCCGGUUAGACUGACCGUCCAGAUCCUACGAGACCCCCUCCUCAACACUCAUGGGCUCACCCUGACACCUCAGACACCCAUACUGGUGCAGGACGUCACCCCAGCGGGGCCGGCUGAUGGAAGGCUAGUCCCUGGCGACCAGGUCGUAAAGAUCAACAAUGUUGCCGUCGACGACCUGACCCCAGAGCAAGCGGCUGACCUCAUCAGCAUUUAUUCCUCAUAUUGA